UAGCCGUGUAACAUAUCCAGUAGAAAGGAACACAGAAAGUUUUUAACGUAGCUCAGUAGCUACAUUGAAGUAUAAGUUUUGGGUCUAAUUUAGGUGAAACCUGGUACUUGCUAUGCGAACGGAUUUGGUUUCAGUUAGCUUGCCGAAGACUUUAGUGCUUCUUUUACUGGUCAUAUAUGUGCGAUUACGAUCAUCAUCGAAUGACAUUGAAUUUACUGAUGCCGUGUUAAAGGCUGAUGCUAUAAGUGAUUGUGGAACUGGUAUUUUUGAUGUAAAUUCAGCGUAUUUAUACCAGCCCCGAAACUGUCCCCAGAUUAUUAUGACAGAAAAUAAACAACCCAUGAAUACAGUAUCAUUUAAAUGGACAGCACCAAAUUGUGGCUGUGUAACAUUUAGGGCAACUGUUAUAAGAAAUGGUGAGACCUAUUAUUAUGAUGAUGAUAAAGUUACUGAUGGUAAACUAGUUAGAACCGUUUGUCCACAUGGUGAGCGGCAUGUGGAAAAAUUACGAAUAGAAGUUAAUACUACACCAUCUACAUCUCUACUUUCUUAUCCUCAAUUAUCGAAGUUAAAUCGAGCUGACAGAUUAAAUCUGUUGUGUAAAAUCACCCAGACAUUCACCAUUAAUGAAAUAUUACAGCGCCCUAUGUUUUUAGAACGUAGAGCUUUACAGAAUACAACCCUGGUCGAAUUAUUUAACAUAGAAUUAGCUCUUGAACAAAGACGAGCAGAUGUAGUUAAAUGCUGUAAAGAGUCUGUUUCGGAGAAGGCAACGUGCUUCAGUGACGUGAGAAGGCAUCGUAUAGAUCAAUUUUGUGGAGACGGCUAUCCAAGUAUACCAUUUACUACCUCAAAAGAUAAUUACAUGAGAAAACGAGAAGCUGAAUGUUGUUGGAAAUUAGGUGAAUCUAGAUAUCGAUGCUUCAACAAGUCGGAUGAUGUGGAAACACCACUUCGAACUAAAUAUUACUCAAUGGAUUUUUCGUUAGAUGAAUCCGAUCCUAUUAACGAUAUUGCUGAUUACCCCACAGAAAUAAACAGUAUUGAAGAGAAAAAUAAGACAAUAUUAUUUGACGUCGACGAUAGCCAUAACACAGCUAUAAAGACAUCCAAUCAUCCAACUACCUUAUCUGCAUUCACCACCGGUCCACAAACAUUACAAGCUAGUCGCAUUCCGUUACUAAGAAAAGCUAGUCGUCCUCCUCAAACAACAUAUCUACCAAUAUCAGCAGAGAUAAAACCCAGACAAGGAGACAUGGCACCCGCAUAUCUACCGAGGCAAUCAAACACAAAAAAAACACCUAUUAAAUCAUCAGUAGAAAUAACAGUUCAAACACUGGCGCAAAAGUUAUGGAAAUCCAGUUUACGACUGGCAUGUUGUCAACAAGGCCAAAUAUAUGCGGAAAAAUCACACCAACAAGAUUUCUGGAAAGGUUGUCGUUUGGCAGCUAAAGAUUUCCGAGAGAUAGUAAGGCGCGGGAAACGCAUAUGUGCAAAUAGUUUUCAGAAAUGCUGCUUUGAGCAACAUUUAACUGUGACUCAAAAAGAAGAACGAGUUUCCACAACACAGGAACUUAUAGCCCAUAUGUCUCUCAGACAUACGACAGCUGAUCAUCGAGGUAUAUCAAAUGACGAUUUGUCAGUUAGGUCAGCUGCUAAAGAUAAUACUAUGGCACUGAACAGUGGUAUUGUAUAUGGGAAUUCUAAUGAAGACGUUGUUGAUGAAGAUGAAGAAGAUGGUAGUGAUGAUGCGGACAAUGAAGAGGGCGGUGACGAUGAUACGGGUGAACCUUAUGCAUUGUCCGAAGAACAAUUGGACUAUCCAAAAGAAGAUACCCUGUAUAACCCCAUUUUCUUACCACGAAAAGUGCCCCAUGAAAUUAAAAACCGGAGGCGACCCUUUGCUAGAUCUGACACCCCUGAAAGCAGAUUAGUGAUACCUUCUUCUAGUAGAAGGCGACCUGAAAACGUCAAGCAGUCCUUUACACCAGAGAACUCAGCCAAAAUAUCAAAAGAAAGGAAACAGAGACGCAGGCAGAAACGAAGAAGAAGAGACCGUAAUUGAUUUGUAUCUCCUUUACAGCAUUCAACCAAUGAGAUUGAUUGUAUCAUGGAAAGUUUUCAUGUGUAUCUAUUAUCUAAUGUAAGUGUUAAGUGUUACUCGGCCGCGAGAAAUAGAAGAUACGGUGACUAGCUCUAAGACUAAUGUGAUCUUACAUAUUUCAACAUUAUUAAAGCAAAAAAUGUUGUUUUUUUAUAUUUGUAUUAUAUAUAUUCUAGCCAAGAGUUUUAUUCGUGACUUGAUAUCGAUGCUGAGAUGUUUUGUGUAAUUGUAAUUCGUAAUAUGGUAUAAAACUCGUUACAGUAGUAUGGACACGCUCUAUUAAUAAUCUAAAAGAUAACCACGCAAAGGUUGGAAAUACGCCCACACGGUUGCUUUGCCAAGAAAGAAAGAUAGCCAUAGACAGCAGCUAAUCCGCAAGGAAACAUGGUUGUUCACCAAAUUUGAUAAGGAUCCGUUAUGCCUGUUAAAAACUGUAGCUUCUAUUGUGUUCAAGAGCUUAUCGGUAACUCUGUAAUGGAAGGUUACAGAAUCGAUAUAGGAUUCGUCCUUUCAUGGCCUAAAUGCUUCACACCCAAUUUGAAAAAAUAAAUCUGUUAAAAACUGCAGGUUCUGUCGCAUUGACGGAGUUUUCGGAAAUGGGGGCAUAC